UUCCAACCUUUUUACGAAAAUGGCGAUCCGCAACACAAUUCAGAUGUACCUCACCACUGUCGUCGCAAUCGCGAUCCUCCUCGCGGCAAACCAAGCGACAGAAGCUCGUUUCACAAGCUUAUGCACUAAAACCGCAUACCCAACCUUGUGUCGACCGCUGGUGAAAGGGCCAAACCCGAGACGAGCCACACACAGCACGAUCCGAGCCUUGGAGGCUAAGACUAAACUGGCGAUUGCAGCUUCUGCAAGGUACAAAAACGGAAAUCCAACUGUUGCGAUUUGCUAUGCGACUCUUGUGGAUGCAUCCUUCAAUCUUGUGAACGCAAGGAAGAGCAUUAGGAAAAGAAAUGUUAUGACCCUAAAAAUGUUUUUGACUGCGGCUGUGUCAGAUUACGGAGUUUGUGUAGACGUGUUCAUAAAUUCGCGUCAAGUCAACAGAGUUCAGAACGCUGUAGAUGAGCUCAGGAAGAUAGGAACUAACUGCUUGUUGCUUGCUACAUUGAUAAGGUGAUCGAGUCAUCGAGCCACAAAAGAAGGAAACAU